AUUGUAUUGUCAAAAGCAAAUUAAUUGUCAAUGUCAUACUAACUCUUAAAAUUAUCGUGGAAUUGAGUAUCAACCUUGUUAGGACGAUAUGAGGAUACUAGUUGGUCUGAAGAGCUUUACAAAAUUUAAGCAAUUAUUAAGGAAUCCUCCAAAUAUCGACACAAAAUUCAUUAAGUUUUUCAGUGAUAGUUGCGAAAGUUCUAGUUGUGAACGAAAAGGUCUAGUUUUGGGAGUCUACGAUGGAGAUUGUGACGAACCAGUUUUCACCAAAGCAGCUCAAAAAUUCAACGAUCAUAUCGGAGGUAAAUUAUACGAUUUAGUGAAGGCUGCCGGACCUGAACUCAUUCAUGAAGGAACGGCAAAAAUAUUUACAAAUCUUUGCAAUGACUUUUGGGUGGUCUCAAUAGCAGGUUUAGGAAAACUCAAACGUACCUACAAUGAGGUCGAGGCAAUAGAUGAAGGUUUAGAAGCAGUUCGUGUAGCUUCAGCUAUUGGAUCGCUUAAAGCAAAACUGAACGGCGCCACAAGAAUUUUCGUAGAAGGUAUGGGCUAUCCAGAGCAAGCCGCAGAAGGAGCAUCCCUCGCUUUGUGGAGAUACCAAGAAAAUAAAUCGAGAGAGAAUUGGAGACCGGUGCCAACAGUAGAAAUGUACGACGAAUGUGACAGUGACUGUUUUCAGAGAGGCUUGUUCAAGGCAGAAGCACAAAAUUUCGCUAGACGUUUAUGUGAUACACCGGCAAAUCAGAUGACACCUCUCCACUUCGCUCAAGAAGCCGUCAACGAACUCUGCCCUUGUGGAAUCAAAGUUCUAGUUCACGAUAAAAAUUGGAUAGAACAUAAAAAAAUGAACGCCUUUCUAACUGUAGCAAGAGGAUCCUGUGAACCGCCCGUUUUUUUGGAAAUUUCCUACUGUGGUGGACCCACUGACCAAAAACCUAUUCUUUUUGCAGGCAAAGGCGUAACCUUUGACAGCGGAGGUUUGUGUCUCAAAAGCUGCCAGUAUUUGGAGAGAUUCAGGGCGGAUAUGACUGGCGCAGCAGCAAUAGUUGCUACAAUCCGAGCGGCAUCCACUUUAAGUCUUCCCAUCAAUUUAGAGGCCUGUAUACCUUUGUGCGAAAAUAUGCCUAGUGGAAUGGCAAUGAAAUGUGGUGAUGUGGUUACUGCUCUCAAUGGAAAGACGAUAAUGAUAAGCAACACGGCUCACGAAGGCAGAGUUAUUCUAGCCGAUGCACUUUGUUAUGGACAAAUGAUGCAUAAACCUAGACUAGUUAUAGACGUGGCUAGCUUGACCAGUGGAAUUCGAGCUGCUUUGGGUUCAGCAGCAACAGGCGUUUUCUGUAAUUCGCAAACUAUGUGGUCUCAAGUUAGGAAAGCUGGAGUAAUUUCAGGGGAUCGUGUAUGGCGCAUGCCUCUAUGGAAGUUCUUCACUAAAAGAGUAACCAAUUUCAAAACCCAUGAUGUGAAUAAUCAAGGCCUGGGCCACGGGGCUCCGUGCUUAGCAGCAGCUUUCCUUCAGGAAUUCAUCGAAUGCGUUGAUUGGAUUCAUUUCGAUACCGGUGGCGUAGGAUUCAAAGCCGAGCACAAAUUGUACCCGUAUUUAUACAAAGGUAGAAUGACGGGCCGACCAACAAGAACUCUCAUUCAACUUCUGCAUCAAUUGGCUUGCCCUUCUGAAGCACAAAGAGAACUCAAGUGAAAAAUGUUUCGUUUUUCGUGAUUGUCAAUGUAAAUUAUACGAGUUUUGUAUUUUUAUCAUAUUAAAAAACGGAACCUUUUA